AUGUCUAUCCUCAAACUACCCCCCGAGCUCCUCAUGAGCAUCGCAGAAUCUUCGGAAUGUCGUGAUCUGAAUGCGCUUCUUCAAUGCCACUCUUUUCUCUACAAAACACUCAAUGAUUCCCUGUACCAACUAAAUGUACAGCAUCAUGAUGCAUCUGCGCUGUACUGGGCAGCCUCUUCUGGAUCUGAUAGUACCCUUCAACAUCUUCUUGAUGCUGGGGCAAAUGUCCAAUGGGAGUCUCCAUACUUCGCCUGCUCCGUACAAAGGCCUGGAGCACGCCUAAGACCCCUUAUCUGGAAAGAAAAUAUGAAGGAGCAUCCAAUAUCAUAUGCAGCAGUGCAAGGAUUCCUCAAUAUCAUGGAGCAUCUCCUUGAUCUAGGCGUGGAUAUCAAUUAUCGAGACGCUGAUGGCUUAACCCCUCUUGCCCUCGCAGCACGUGAAGGUCAUUUUGCUCUGACUCGCGCACUCAUUGAUCAAGGCGCAAAACAACUGUCACACGACACUAUGGGUCAAUACCCACUUGCUCAGGCGGCAUCAAAGGGCCAUCAUGAUAUUGAAGAUUACCUCUUUGAAAAACUACGUCAAUAUCCUUACAGCAAAACAAGCCCUGACUUGGACCUCUACUGGAUGUUGAAAUACGCCGCAGAAUGCGGCGAUGAUGAUCGCAUACGAUACCUUCUCUCCCAAGGCGCUGAUGUCAACUUUCAACUGCCCAUAGAGAGUCACUCCCCUCUAUGUGGCGCGCUCGAAUAUGCCCCAUCUCCAUUAAGCACAGCCAAACUUCUAUUGGAAGUCGGGGCCGACCCGAAUAGGGAGGCUUCUCGAUCCAUGGAUUAUCAACCAGGAAGACCAGCACGAACACAGGCACCACUCAAGCUGGCUAUUCCAAGGGAUGACAGCUUUAACCUCAUUAAGCUGCUGAUACAGUACGGUGCAGAUGCAGACGAACAAAGCCUGGCAUUACUCACAGCAAUACAAUAUGAGAAAGCUGCUGAAUUUCGAUUGCUGAUAAAUAAUGGGGCAAGUCUAGAUGCGGAUUAUCGUGGAAUAUCCGUCGCUUGGAGGGGGAUCAACUCUGGCGGAGUUGGGGCACAAAUGUUGUGGUCCGAGGAUGAUGAUUGUGAGUCUGAGGAGGCAGAUACCUGUACGGAGUACAUCACCUCCUCCAAGAUCUCCUCGACCUACAGCACGGAGACCUCCACUAAGUGUCAAACCAUCACCGCCUGUGACGCCACGGCCACAACGACAACUUCCACAAUUAGCACUACCAUCUCGCCACAAGCUGCUUGGAGAUAUUCUAGCUGGGAUGUUGAUGACAACGUUCUUACUAGUGACGCUAACUCCCUUGACAAAGAGUUCUCCUCGGUCUAUGCCACCAGCACUAGCACCUCUACCUCCACGACUGAAGCCACCACAACGACGACAAGCAACAAGUACACCCCGUCUGAAUCCUCAACAACAUGCGGUCACGGCCAAACCACGUGUCAUCUUUUCGUGAGCAACUUGCAUGGAUUCUGUGAUGUUGCCAAGAGCUACAUCAGAGGUGAUACCAUUUACAGGGUAAGAAGACUGGAGACUGGAGAGUGCUAUACGGAUGGCAAGCACGCUUCGAAUGGCUGUGGCGUCUUCAUCAAGGACGACGGCUGUGAAGUCAAGGGCACUACCAUGCAAGCGGCCUACGAUCAUAUUUUCUAUGACUGUGAUCACGCUUGCGGUCAUGCGUACUUUGAUAAUGGCUGUGAGAUGAAGGUGGACUAUGUCACUGGGUGUGACACCUCAAAUAAUUGA